GUGUAAACCGCCAUCCAUAACCUCAAUAUUAAAUUAUUAUUCAAAGCAAUUAAAACUAUAGGUCCAGAAAUUUUAACAUUCAGGGAUCUCACCAAGAACCAAAAACAUUGCCCUUCUUUCGCUAAUAAACAAAUGAACGUUGAAUUUGAACUCGUUCGUUGGCAACACUACAAUCAGCAUUUAUUAUUGGAUCGUUUCUGGUUUCUCAUUCGCCACAUUUGCUUGUAGAUUUGUUGGUUUGCGCGAUGACUAAAGCGAAUGCGAAUGUAAAUGGGAGCGUGAGUAUAGCCAGUACGAGCGCUAAAACUUCGGUUAUCUACGCUAUUCGUGGCCGUUGGCUUCAGCAACACGAUCAUAUUGUUGUUGACAACCAAGCUCGCUGCAACGGACGUUAGUCGCUGACGACGACGUGUAUGUAGUCGACGUCAACGCCAUUCUCGAGCAUAGGAAGUGGUUGCAUUUGGUAGUGGCCACUAUAGGCGCAACUACAACAACACCAACAAACAAAAUGAAUAUAGAAGUAUUCAGACUCAAGAAUCGACUGUAAUAACAGCCAAAAAAACUGUUAUGGUUAAGACGCCGACAUCUACAGCGCAGCGCUUUAAAAUAAAUGUAGAAUAGUGAGCCGUUUACGGCGCUGAGCAGAGCCGAACAGAGCGGCGCGAAAGAGCAGUAAUAGCGCAACAUCGUGUAUCUCACCGUAUCUGUGUUUGUGUAUGCCAUACCAAUUCGUAGUAUCUUAAUAUCUUGCUUGCUUUUGAGCAGAGUGGGCACACACCAACUGAUCGACCGCGUUGAGCGACCAAACAACCAGCCGCCAGACAAGCAAGUCAAGCAGCAGCGACGGCAAUAGCAACUGUAAAUACUAAGUGAAUAAAAAGAGUUUUUAUUUUCCAUUAGUGCGCGCUCGCUGAGGGGUUUAUUUAUUCAACGACAGAUCCCGUGUGUGGACAUUAUUUUCCGAAACGUUCGCUAAGGAGCACACGACGAACAUAACGCGACUCAGUAUCAAAUGAAACAAAUCGAAUCGAUGAUUACGGGCCGCAUAUUAAACGUUAUUAAAUCGAAAAGUUCCGCGUUGCAUUAAUUUAAUUGAAAGUCAGUUGACUUGUAGCAGAUUUUUUUAAAAAUGUAUCGCGAGCUUUACCAAUUAUUUGCAUGCACAACAGCAAAUGUGAAGUGUAAAUUGUUAUCACACCGCCGUGUAGCAGUUGUUUGUUGUUAAGUAAUAAUCGCGUGAUUCCAAAAGGGUCUGAGCUCCGUGGGCUUUGGGAGAAAAUUUGUGGGUAAAAUACCAAAGUCAUAAACAGGGAUAGCUAGGCUAGACCAGAGCGCAAACAUAUGCCGCCGGAACUACAGUGUUAGCAAUAAAUAUCGUCAUUUUACACAACCAAUCGCUUGCCAGCAAAAAGCUGUGCCAUCAGUGAGUCAACUAUUAUAUCUAUCUUUGCACAUUGACAACGCGUUUGGAGUAAAGUGUUACACCAACUCUUUUCCAUAAAUAAACAUUUAUUUUAUUUCGGUUUUACUGUAGCUGAAGUGAAUAUAUCCGAUCGACAAAAACCUCAACCAGUGACGACAAUACAAGUAUAUUUACAUUGUGUUUAAUUAAAGUAAAAAUUUUAAAAUAAAGUGUGUAAAUCAAAAAAUUGUGUUAGCAAACGAGCGAGCCAAACAGAAGGGGCAAAAUACGAAUUUUUUUUCAUUACAAACUGCCGAAAUAGCGACGGCUAGAUGGCAAAUAUCACAAGAACCAGCUACAAUAGAGGCGGCAAAAUACGCGCAAGAUAAACGCUUUAUUAAAAAUAUUAACAUUCAAAAAUAGAAUUUUCACGCAAACUGCACUACUCAACCGCAUCGAACACGGCGACCACCAGAUUUGUUUGUACGUCUAUAAACGAGAAGGCUUACAGAGCGAAGGCGCCUAAAUACACGGUAAUCCAAAUUGUAGAAAUUCAUUGAUAAACGGACGAAGCGCCAAUCUAAGAGGGAUAUAGCCUUCGCCCGACUGCACAGCUUGAAGAAUACCAUCUGAAUAAGGUCGAAAGCGUAGAACAAAAAGAAAGAAAAAAACUACAAUAAAAUAAAAGCGAAGAAGAUAACGUAGAAAAUUAAUAAUUUUUGUAUUCGGCAAAGGUGUUAUCUAAUCUAAGCGCUUGCCCGCUUCGCACUACUUACCCACCUACUUAACAAACGGCGCAACAAACAACAUCAACAACUAACAAUCGCAACCUGCUUGCUAUCCGCGCUCGAUACGCAACGAAGUGUAUCACAGAGUCACAGAGUCACCCAGCCACUCACUACUCACAGUUCACUCGCCGCCGUCGGUCAGUCUGUCAGUCGGUGUCAGAACACGAGCGCGUUUGUUUGUCAACAGAACAAGUCAGUUGGUUUAGUUUCUCUGUCUGUUGCUUUAAUUUGUCACAACUAUAACGCAAACGGCAAGAAGCGUGUAGGCUUGCACAUUCUAAGUGCAUCUAAUAGCGUAUAAUCAAUGACAAAAUAGUGAAGAAGUAAAUUAUCGCAUCAAAUCUAAAAUAAUCGAAACAAGUGCAACCGUCCAAAAUUCAAGCAAACUUACAAUUACAAAUAUCGUUCUAAUAUUUGAUGUGAUUUCAUUACCCUUGCAAAUAUAUUUAAAAAUAAAAAAAUAUCGAAAGUUAAAAUAAUUUAGUGAAGUGCUAAAGUGUUUCGAGGAGAAGUGGAAGUGAAAUUAGAAGAGGAAGAAUAAGUGUAAUCUCCACUGCUGCGAAGUAAUAUCGCCUGUUAAAAAUUAAGUGUGAAAUAAUAAAUUCUCCUGCAAAACAUAGGGAGAACUAACUAACAAACUAUAAAAUCGAAGUAAAGUAUAAGAAGCUCAGAGAACCACGUUAAAAUGGCCAUCAACAACAGUACAAAAGUAUCGCGAACGACAGCAAUCAGUAACACAAGUACAUCUAGUACAUGCCGAUCCACGACGAGUGUCAAAAGCUACAACACUUUGGUCAAAGCAACAAAUAUGCAAAAAUCAGGAAACACAGCAAUAACAUCAUCUCCAGCAUUAUCCGCAAUAUCGGCAGCAACAGCAGCCGUUACAGGAAAAUUAGCGCGACCAACGCCACCGUCAACAACUGCAACAACAACAGCAGGGAUCUCUACAACAUCACUUAAGCUUCUCUACAAAUUCAUUAUAUUUGCCAUCUUGAUUUGCACAGCGCCGUCGCUGGUAAGCGGCCGACGGCAUGCGCCACUCUUGGUGGAAGAAUCUGAGGGUACACGUCGAAAUAAUAGACCAGUUGUUUCGGAAUGUCAAUUUGGGAAGACAGUGCGGGAGAUCGGCUCCACCUGGUUCGCAGAUCUUGGUCCACCAUUCGGUGUCAUGUACUGCAUCAGAUGUGAAUGUGUAGCGGUGCCGAAGAAGCGUCGCAUUGUAGUGCGCGUGCAAUGUAAGAACAUUAAACACGAAUGCCCACCGACAUUGUGCAAUGACCCAAUCCAACUGCCUGGCAAGUGCUGUAAAACGUGUCCUGGCGACAAAAAUGAUACGGACGUGUCUUUGGAUGUACCUGCCCCGGUAACCAUAGAAGAGGAGGAGCGCAACAUGAAGCAUUUCGCUGCUCUACUCACCGGCAGAACAUCACAUUUCUUAAAAGGAGAAGAAAUGAAGGCCAUGUAUGCGACAAGCACCUACAAUCCACAAAAUAUUGUUGCCACCGGUCGCUUCUUGUUCCACAAGAAGAAUCUGUAUUACUCCUUCUAUACGUCGUCGAAAAAUAAUCGCCCACGAACCAUACAGUUUGUCAACGACGCUGGCACCAUUCUCGAAGAGCAUCAACUGCAGGCGCCCCUUUCUGAUAUGCAGAGCGUAUAUCAAAAUGCCACUGGUAAGAUUUGCGGAGUAUGGCGUCGUGUUCCACGUGACUAUAAGCGACUCCUUCGUGAUGAACGGCUGCACGUCGUUUUGCUAUGGAGCAGAAAAGAUCAGAUUGAUCUCGCUCUCGGUGGGAAGAUCGGGUUGUACACGGCCUUACAGAAGGAAAUGUUCAGUUCAUUGCUGGAACCUGCACCAGGUACGAAGUCAACACUGAUGAAUGGCGCUGGUGGCACAGCUAUUGUCUCCACGACCAGCGGCGCGGCCGCCUCGGUGCAUUUAACGCUUGUCUUCAAUGGUGUCUUUAGCUCCGAUGAAUAUUUGGAUUCACCUAUUAAUAUUCGCGUCGAAUCCCCGGAUCGUAAAGAAAUCGUUUUGGACGAACUUCAAAAGGUACGCAAACCUUCGGCUGAGAUCAAUGUCUUGGAAAUAUCUUCGCCUAUAUCCAUACCGAUGUUACGUUUAAUGUCGCGUGGAAAAUUGUUGCUUACAAUAGAAUCGAAAAAAAAUCCUCAUUUACUUAUACAGGGUUCCAUUAUCACACGCACUACUUGCGAGCUCUUCCAGACUUUACUUACCCCCCACAAUUCGGAAUCGAAAACAAAGAGCAGCGGCUUAGCCUGGGGAUUUCUAAACACGGAUGGAUCUCUUUCAUAUAACAUCGAAACAGAUAACAUUAGCACAAAGGAUAGGCCCGAAAUUAAUUUGAUGGAAGAUCUCGGUAAACGCAAAACAAUGUUGGAAAACCUUACACCAACAUUCAAUUUCAACCAAGCUAUUGGUACGAUCGACAAAUUAGGCCCAAAAGCGCUGGAAUCAUUGUAUGAGGGCGACUUAGGAGUCAAUAUAGCCAUUGAGAAUGAACCAAGCCUCAUACGCGGUCAUUUUGUAUCCCGUCCAAUUGCAGACGCCCGAGACUCCGCAGAGCCUAUUCUAUUGAAAAGAGUGGAGAAUGCUACGACUGCACCAACGCACGCCAUGGGCAUGGCUUGGUUGGCCAUCGAUAACGAAUGUAACUUACACUAUGAGAUAACUGUAAAUGGCUUUCAAUCGAAUUCACAGGAUUUGCAAAUAUACCUCGAAGAAAAGCCCAUUGAAGCUAUAGGUGCACCGGUAACACGAAAAUUACUAGAGGAAUUCUCUGGCUCUUACAUGGAGGGAUACGUGCUCGGCAUGCCUUCCAACGACCUCGUCAAAUUGGAAAACAGCGUAUGCUACCUAGAGAUACACACAAAAGAAAAUAGUAAGCCACUUUUACGUGGCAAAUUGAAAUCUACAAAAGUGCCAUCCCAUUGUUUUCCUAUUCACACGGAUAACAAUGUGCCAAAUGUACCUGGCGACCAUAGUGACAGCAAUCUUAUUGCAGCAGAUGCAAAAUGCUUCCAUUCAGGUAGGUUUUAUGACGAGUCCGAACAGUGGCGUAAUGCAAAUGAUGUUUGCCAGAUGUGCGCCUGCCAACAUGGCCAACCCACAUGUGAGCCGAUUAAAUGUCCCGCCGUACAAUGCAAACCCAACGAAGAGCUCGUGCGACGUGACGGCGAAUGUUGCUCCAUGUGUCUUCCACAGAGUGUAGCUAUUGAGACGGAAAGCGUUGCCGAGCAGAAUGGAAGGGGCUGCCGAUUAGGUGACCAAUUCCACUUGGCUGGUGCAAUUUGGCAUCCGUUCUUGCCUCCAAACGGCUUCGACACCUGUACAACCUGUACCUGUGAUGUAUUGACUUUAGAAGUGCGUUGUCCACGUAUGAUCUGUCCACCACUACCCUGCUCUGAGAAGGUGGCCUACCGCCCGGACAAAAAAGCCUGUUGUAAAGUAUGCCCAGAAAGCAAAUCUUUACGAGGUGACAAAGCCGGUCCUUCUAAUCCGAACGUGUUACAAGAUCAGGCGUCGCAUAAAACAAUAUCCACUGAGGAGAUCCUCAGCCAAGGUGGCUGCAAGGUAUUAAAUAAAGUUUACGAGAAUGGACAGGAGUGGCAUCCGAUUCUAGCAUCACAUGGCGAGCAAAAAUGUAUCAAAUGUCGAUGCAAGGAUUCAAAGGUGAAUUGUGAUCGCAAGCGUUGCUCACGCUCUACCUGCCAGCAGACGCGCAUCUCAGCUAAGCGGAAAUUCUAUGAGAAACCCGGUGUCGGCGGUGCGAAUGCAAACGAACCGGCCAUUGACGAGUGCUGCUCCACGCAGUGUCGACGCUCGCGCCGCCACCAUCGACGCGUGCAUCAGGACCGUCCCGGCAACGCCGACGAACGACAGCAACAACAGUCGAAGCGAUUGCAGCAGCAGACAAAUUUAAACCGGAGCGGCAGUAACGGUCAUAGCAGCUGAGCGCCGCGUUCAAAUCGAAACCAUUUAAAAAUACAUACAUAUUAUAUAUAUAAUCGCGCGAAUAACAUUGAAAAAUAGGAAACGAAAUCGCUGUUUUCUUCUGAAGAAUAUACAAGUUUUUUGUUACUUUUUUAAACCAGAACUGAAACUGAAUAAGACGAAGCGAUAAACAUAUUGAAAAGCAGCACUGUAGCAAAGGUUAUCAGAAAGAGAACGAAGAUUUACCCACUAGGCGCUUAGCAAAAACAACAAGAACAGUUAUAAUAAAAGAAAAAUGAAAGAGUGAAAUAAUUUAUGUAUUAUACCUAUUAAAGCAAAGUUUAACUAUCAUGAUCCAGCAGUAAAUAUGGAAAUGUUAACGCAAAUGGAAGUAGAAUCAGACAAAGAAAAGUAAAGUGUAGUGCGCCAGUUGUAGGAGCAGAAGUAAAAUAGUUCAAGCGUGCAGUAGCCGCUGCCAUUACAAAGUACACAAUACAAAAUACCUUAGGAAUACCAGUGCAGUUGCUUCAGGAUUCUUGCGAAUGUAGGAUUUGAGCACAACAUUUUUUUAUCCAGAAUGUAUAGCUUUUCAAAGCACUCUUCCAAAGACCAUAAGAUAAAUCUGAAAAAAGCUCUGAAUUGCAAACGAAAUUCUCUUGAAGUAGUUUAGGAAUGUUGGAUCGUACACCGAUUAAAGAUUUUAAGCACAAUGUAGGCUGUAGACUGAUAGUCAGAGAUCGACGGCGGCAAAGAGAGAGCAAGACACAGUGCAAGUAUGAGAAACACAUCCCAAACGUUUCGACUGAUUGACUGAAUGGCAUAGAAUAAGUAAAAGAACUUUAAAAAUAUUACAAAAAAAGUUAUAUAUACAUACUCGUACAUAUUUGUUUUUUUUAUAAACAUUAAAUACUAAUAGUAGUAGUAAACACUGAUGCGAAGGCUUGUUUGAUGAAACAAAUAUAUGUAUGCAUGUGUGUAAGUAUUACCGUUUAUAGAAUGUCUACCAGGCACUGAUUGCGCUUUGAAAUGUUUGACCCUAAAAUAAAUAUUUUAGAAUUACACUCUAGUAUUUUUCAAUGCGCGGGCGCUUGAAAUUUCGCCAACUUGGAAACUGCGCCGGAGCAGCGGUACUUGGUGGGUGCAUUUAAUAACUGUAAUAGGACUUGCCUAAAGGUAUACACAUGUGCAUACCUAUGUUUGUAUAGAUAUGUGAGAGUUCAACACAUUUGAUAUAGAAGCUUAAUCGCACCAAUGCAGGCACACCGCACACAAAAGGCAUACAACAAUACUUAAUAUACAUACAUAUAUGCGCACUCAAACAUACACACUCCCACAAACAUAAAACACAUAUACUCAUUCAUUAAUAUUAUUAUAUUUACUCGUACAACAACUGACCAUUUGCGCAUUUUCACCACAUAAUUGUAUUAAUAUUUUAUUAUUAUUAUUACCAUAUUUGUACAUUAUUAUUAUUGUUUUUAACUGUAUUUCUUAUUUAAACGAAUUCGAGUUUAGUUCUAUUAUUUUUUGUGUAUUUUUUUAAGACAAACAAAACAAAUAUAAAAGGAACAUUUUAAUUAAAUUUAAUUAUAGUUUAAGUGGUUUUACCUUAGCUAAUAGUGAUUUUAUUUAUAAUUCUGUUUAACUCUUUUGUAUCAUAAACACAAUUGCAAGCAUACUUAAUAACAUAAAAAAUAUAAAUUAUUAAAACUAAAACUAAAAAUAAUAUGAAAACAGAAGGACUGGUUGUGCUGGGUGAAUAUUUUCCUUGCUUUACAAGCGCUAAAGUUAGAAGAAAAUGUUCAUUCAUCUCUUUAGAAUUUUGUGUCAGGAUAAUCGCUUUCAUUUCAAAAGCGCUGUAUUCAUUCUUAGCAAUUAUAAUAAUAAGAAUAACAACAACAUACAAAUAAAUUUAGCUUUUAAAAGUAUAUUCAAAUGUUUUAUAUUGAUUUGUAAAAUUGUAAAAUUAAAAAUAAAUAGUAAACAAAAUUAUCAAAAAAAAAACAAGUUUAUGCAUAUCGCCAAUUGUGUAGUUAUGUUUGUGCAAACCACUUGCAUACAUAUUUGCCAUUUACAUACAUACAUACGUAUUAGCACAAAAACAAAAA